AUGUCUCAUUACUGGAUCAAUACUAAUAAUCAACAGAAUAACUGGUACAGUAGUGAAGGAGGUGCCAGUUGGGGACAGUAUGAUAAUAGCCAGCAACAGUCAUCGGUCCCACAAGGUUCAGUCUAUUAUGAUCAUUAUCAGCAGCAGCAGACACAGAAUACCAAUUUAUAUAGCGGUCAGUACUUCAUCCCUUCUCAGUUACAAGCUCCGCCCGCUGAUAAUUUCGAGAUCGAACCACCACUAUUAGAAGAGCUUGGCAUCAAUUUUAGCCAUAUCAGACAGAAAACAUUUGCUGUGUUGAAUCCUGUUGGCUCUGUGGCACCUGAUGUAAUUGCUGAUCAAGACUUGGCAGGUCCGCUAGUAUUUUGUCUUUUAUUUGGUGCUGCUUUGUUGCUUCAUGGAAAGAUUCAAUUUGGAUAUAUUUAUGGAAUCGGUGCUCUGGGAUGUGUUGGUGUAUACGCUUUAUUGAAUUUAAUGGCUGCUGAUACUUCGAUUUCCUUCACCUGUACGGCUAGCGUCCUUGGAUAUUGUUUACUGCCGAUGGCUAUUUUAAGCAUGAUAGCUGCAAUUUUCUCUUUUCAGGGUAUGCUAGGCUACUUGAUAGCAAGCGCAGCUGUAAUAUGGUGCAGUGUUGCUUCAUCUAAACUGUUUAUAACGACAUUGUCUUUGGAUGGACAGCGAUUGCUUGUUGCAUAUCCGUGUGCCUUGUUGUAUUGUGUUUUUGCUCUUCUUGCUAUCUUUUAA